AUGGAUCUCCCCCACGAGCUGCUCGCCGGCAUCCUCCGCCGUGUGGUCCCGCUGCGCCACCUCGCCGAGUGCAGGCGCGUCUGCGGUCGCCGGGCGCGCCACCAUCGACGGCCGCAGGCUGGUCCUCCCGCACCUCCUGCCGGGCGCGCCGCGCGGGGCCUUCAUCAACUUCACGGCCGACGGCUGGAGCGACACCUACUUCUUCGCGCGCGGCGGCGAAGCGGUGGCGUCGACGCCCGUCUCGCCGACGCGCCGACCACGUGGUGCACCGCCUUCGUGGACCACCGCAACGGCCUCCUCCUCUGCGAGGCCACCGAGGGUGCGCGCUUCGUCUACAACCCGGCCACGCGCCGAUCGGCAACGCUGCCACCGCCGCCGCAUGCGGAGCCCUGGGGCGUCUCGUCCGCCGCGUACCUCGUGUUCGAUCCGGCCGUCUCUCUCCACCACGAGGUGUUCCUGCUCCCCGAGCUGCCCGGCGAGCCCGAGCCCCCUAAACCGGACGACCCGCCGCCUCCGACGUUCAACGUGGGGCGUCUCUUCUUCGCGGACAGUGCGGCGCCGCCUCAUAUCGACAGCGACGAAGACGACGGGGAGGACUGGCUGUACACCGACGACGAACCCCGGUGGCGUUCAAGAGCGGGCCGACGUGAGCACCUCCAGGCCAAGGAGGCGAAGGACACCUUGGGACUCAUGGAAUGGCCACCGUCGCUGUAUGUGGCGCAAGUGUUCUCCUCCAUGACCAACCGGUGGGAGGAGAUGGCGUUCGUCCGGGAAGGCAGCGCCGCGGGGACCGUGGCCGGCAUGUGGUCGGAUCCACCGUCACCCAACUACGGAUGUGUGGUGCCUCAGUGCGGGCCGCGCCGCCGUCACGCCGUUUACUGGCGGCGAUCUCUGUAUGUACAUUGCCGCGGCGGUUUCAUCAUCAGGCUGUCGCUGCUGACUGGAAAGUAUGCGGUCAUCAAGACCCCGGAAGUUGCCAAACUCGCCGGGCAUAGGUGGGCUACACCGUACCUGAGCAAGUCUCGGAAAGGGGUUUACUACACGGCUGUUGCCGAUGUAAAUCUCUGGAUAUGGGUGUUGAAUGAAGAAUCGACGAUGGUGCCGCCAAGGUGGGAGAUGGUGCAUCGUGCGGAUCUCAGGCCCUCCCUCAGGCAACUGUCGUACGAGUCCAAUCAAGAGAAGAACAAGUCUUGGAUCCUGGACGAUCCCCUGAGAAGGGAGUCAAUGGAGCAGGCAUUCCGCGAAUGGGACUCCGACGACGAUGAUGAUGAUGACGGUGGCGCCAAUGUUGCGGAACAAGCCGGCAACAACGCCUUAAACCAGUACAUGGGUUGGUUGGAUGUCUUAGGGUACCAUCCUCACAAGGAGAUUGUCUUCUUCGGUUACCAGCACAAGCAUUGCGCGUUUGCCUAUUACCUGCGCACCUCCAAGCUUGAGUAUCUUGGUCGUCCUGAGCCGAUAUCAGACGAUCACUGUUUUCCUGCUUACGUGCAAGAGUCUUUUGUGUAUACCCCGUGCAGGAUCGACAUGCUUUCUGAUCGGAAUGGUACUUCCGUUGAUCUGAGUAACUGGGUUUAAUAUGCCAGCCUAUGAAACAUAUGUGGGAUAUCAGUCAUAUGCUCUUCCUCCGUCCCUGGCAGCCUGGUGUGGUUCCUCCUGUAAAGACUGCAUUCCUAUUGUUUAAUUACGAUUUUGUUUUCAGAAGCCACUUGUUAUCCAUCAACUGAACAUGUGUCCCAUACAAUGCAUGUGUACACAAGAGGAAAUUUGACAGGGCAUCUGU